AAAAGAUACCAAAUUUGUUGUGGCCUCUUAUCUUGGAAAUUUAAAGAAGAAAAUUGCCAUUCAUAGUUUCUCUCUCAUAUUUUUGGUCCCUCAGCCACCCACCUUCCUCACCAUUCACAUCAUCCUCAAGAAAAUGACAUUUUUCUUAUAAUUAAAUUUUUAAAUAUGUAAAGAUUAUUUAUGAAAAAAAAAACCAAAAAAAGAAAGAAAAAGUAGCACCUUUAAUUUUGUUUCUCCUCCCAAAAAUUCUCCCAUUUCAUUUCAGAUCUAAUGCAUAAUUCAUUAUUUGCUCAGAUAAGUAUCCCAUCAUUUUACUCUAAACCCUAAUCUUUAAACCCACAUUUUUCUCUCUCUAAUUUAUGAUUUCUUAACAUUUAAUCUAAAAUUUUGGGGGUUUAUUCGGAAACCCUAAAACACCCGGAACCAAAAAGCUUUAAUUUUGCGACAAUGGCGACUAGAGGGUCAAGAUCAGAGAAAGUUAGGCGAAUUUUCCAGCAAUUCGAUGUGAACAAAGACGGGGGAUUAAACAGAGCAGAAAUGGCGGCUCUCGUCGUUGCAGUAAACCCUAGGGUGAAAUUUUCUGAUGAACAAAUCAAUGCAAUUCUGGAUGAAGUUUUUCGAACAUACAACGAAUUCAUUGAUGGAGAAAAGGGGUUAACUUAUGAGGGACUUCUACGGACUUACGAUGAUGGUGCAGGAGAUGUUGAUCGAGAUUCUGAAGCAUUAAAUCUGGAUGUUAUUUCAAAUGAAGGUGAAAGUUCGAUUGUUGAAGCUUCGACUUCUUCAGUUACAGAUGAUAGAGCAAUGGAGCCGCAAAAGAAGCAAAGAACAGCAGCAUGGGCAGCAUCCCCAAAUCAUGGGAUCGUUUUUGAUGAAACAUGGAAAAUUGUGGAUGAUUUGGAGAUUUUGAUAAAAAGGUUGAAAGCAAAACAAGGGCAAAAAAAAGAUGGGAAAUUGAAGAAUGAUUUGAAUUCAGAUGUGUUUUCUGAUGCUGGUUGGUCAAGAGAAUUCGGGCCCGCGUCUUCAGAGAUUUCAAAAAGGGUGAAUUGGGUAGAAUCAGGGCAUGAUUAUGCUAAUUUUGUAAAAGACUUGGGUGGAUUAAGAGGAAAAGCAGAUGGAGGCAGAUCAAGAGAGGAAGCAUUUGAUGGGCAUAUGGCAAUUGGUAGAGUUUUGUAUGAACAUCAAUUAUUUAAAGAAAGUUUAGUCAGUUUUAAAAGAGCUUGUGAAUUGCAACCUGUUGAUGUAAGACCACAUUUUAGAGCUGGGAAUUGCUUAUAUGCAUUGGCUCAAUUUGUUCAAGCCAAAGAAGAGUUUCAAUUAGCCUUGGAAGCAGCUGAAACUGGUGGGAAUCAAUGGGCUUAUCUUUUACCUCAAAUUCAUGUUAACUUGGGGAUUACACUUGAGGCUGAAGGUAUGGUUUUAAGUGCUUGUGAACAUUACAGAGAAGCUGCUAUCUUAUAUCCUACUCAUUAUAGGGCUAUAAAGCUUUUGGGUAGUGCUCUAUUUGGGGUAGGGGAGUAUAGGGCAUCUGUGAAAGCUUUAGAAGAGGCUAUUUUUAUGAAACCUGAUUAUGCUGAUGCGCAUUGUGAUCUAGCUUCGGCGUUGCACGCCUUAGGGGAUGAUGAGAGGGCUAUUGUGGAGUUUCAGAAGGCCAUUGAUUUGACCCCAGGUCAUAUUGAUGCUUUGUAUAACUUGGGAGGGUUGUAUAUGGAUUGGGGUAGGUAUCAGAGAGCUUCUGAGAUGUAUACUAGGGUUUUGACAUUGUGGCCGAAUCAUUGGCGAGCUCAGCUUAAUAAGGCGGUGUCGUUAUUGGGUGCGGGUGAAUUUGAUGAGGCUAGGAAGGCGAUGAAGGAAGCUUUGAAGAUGACGAAUAGGGUUGAGGUACAUGAUGCUAUUGCUCAUAUGAAACAAUUGCAUAAGAAGAAAGUGAAGGUUAAUGGAGGUGGCAAUGGGGAGAAUUCUUUUACCAUUGUUGAACCCAUGAAAUUUAAGACUGUAGGUGGGAAAACAACUUCAAGACAAGAGUUGGCUACUGCUCUCGAGAUCAGGGCGUUUCAGAGGGUGUCGAGAUUGGGUAGAUGUGCUGUAGAUCUUUUGAAGAGGGAGAUAACUGAUAAUGAUGUGCCUUUGUCAUUCUCUGGUACUGGUAUACCAGAGAAAUCCAUCCGAAAGAACGUCUUAGAGGGGAUUCUCCGUAGGCUGCUUAGUUUCUUAAAACCCGAGACUUUUCAGGAAGCAAUCAAAGCUAUAAACGAGAGAAUUCUAUCGGCUUUAGAUGAUUCUGUACUGUCUAGGGUGGACAUUGGCAUGUUCUAUGCUCUCAUUGCUCCCCUUUGUAGUGGCUCACUGGAAAAGAGAAAACGAGUCGCAUUUGAGGCUCUUCUGUACCGCCCUGUCAACGAGGGAAACACACAGCUAAGAAAAUCCGAUGCUUGGAGGUAUAUGAAGCUGUUGAGAGCCAUAUACAUCCCAGUGCACGGAUCAAGCGAGAUAUUAGAAAUCCAUGGGGGUACAGACACUUCAAUGAUGUCUAUGACGGAGUUCCUAGUAAUGUUCGAUGAUCCAGAAUUCGGUUAUGGUAUACUGUCCACUCUGCUCAAACUUGAGACGGGUGAUCGUGUGAGGCAUGGACACUACGUCUGCGCAGUUUGUCGAUACCCAAUUAUUGGUUCUCGGUUUAAGGAGGUGAAAGCUCAGUUUAGUUUGUGUAAUCAGUGUUAUAGUGAAGGUAAAGUGCCUUCCACAGUGAAGCAGGAAGAGUAUUCAUUCAGGGAAUACCAAAGGGAAGCAGAAGCGGCAAAGGAUAAGUUGAAAUGUUUUGGUUUCCAAAAGGAGCAAUCUGAAUAAAAUUCUAGUUUAGUUGGAAUUUGUUAACUGUGUAGUAGUAUCCAAUCCAUAUUCCAUCCUUAUGUCUUAAUGUUCUAAGGAUAGUUGCUUGGUGUGACUUUAAAUUUAGGGUACUCUGUGUUGUGCAGAAACUAAUGUUGGUCUUUGUAUAGUGAUUUUUUUUACCUUGAGUUUCAAAAAUGUGAAUUAUUUCUGUUUAAUUGAGGUUGUGCAAAUAUUUUUUAU